CCAGAAUUCCAUCUCAAUUGAUCUAAAGUCCAACUUUUUUAUACACUCGCCCCCAAAAGUCGAGAGCGUCAUUGUCACAAGCUCUGUGACCCCCGAAAACCGAUUCAUCCUUAUAAGGGAUAAGACUUCACUAUUUGUUGGCUUACAACUGAGCAUCUGCGAGAAUAUUGUGUCAUCUCACAUAAAAGCAUUGAUCUUGUUCUCUUUACAAAAGCAUUGCCCUUUGUUGCUGCUCUUACUCUUUGACCACUUUCCACCCCCUAAUUCCCAGGGCCAAUCCAUCCAAUUUCUCGCCGCCCCCCGAUCCGCGAUUAAUAGGCCCCCCACUCCCCAUCGAAAGUCUUGUUAGACAAUUCCUCAACUACCGCGACUCAACUUCCUUUCACUUCUACAACAGCCAAUAACUUCAACCAUGGCUUCAGUACUCACAUCAACCGAGUCGCAGACUCGCCGUCGCGAACAAUACCAUGAAGCCGAUGUCGUCGUUGUAGGAGCUGGUGUAUUCGGCUGCACUAUCGCCUACGCUCUCGCAAACCAGGGCCGAUCCGUUCUCCUUCUCGAGCGAUGGCUAUCGGAGCCCGAUCGCAUCGUUGGCGAACUUCUUCAGCCUGGCGGUGUCGCCUCACUACAGAAAAUCGGCCUCGGCCACUGCCUUGAGGGUAUCGAUGCCAUGCCUUGCUACGGAUACACUGUCUUCUACCACGGCGAGAAGGUCCUCAUUCCUUACCCCGGUCUCGACGAUAACGGCAAUGUCACACAUGCCUGGGGAGGUCACAGCACAGCGGAUAAGAGACCGUCUGGAUGCAGUUUCCAUCACGGUCGCUUUAUCACUAAGCUGCGAGAGUCGUGUAUAAACCACAAGAACAUCACUGUUGUUGAGACAGAGGUUGUCAAGACGCUGCGCGGAGAGGUGUCGGAUCAGAUUCUCGGUGUUGAAAGUCGCACAAAGAACAAGGAGACCGGUGUCAAGGAGAAGGAUUACUACUUUGGACAGUUGACCAUUAUCGCUGAUGGUUACGAUUCCAAGUGGCGUCAGGAGGUUCUCAGGACCAAGCCCAAGGUCUGCUCAAAGUUCUACGCUCUUGAACUCAUAGACUGCGAUCUUCCUGAACCUGGCCACGGCCAUGUCAUCAUUGGCAACGCCUUCCCUAUCCUUCUCUACCAGAUCGGCACUCACGAGACCCGCGCUCUUAUCGAUGUGCCUCAAGGUAUCCCUGAAGCCUCGCCUGAGAAUGGCGGUGUUCGUGGAUACAUCCGCAACUAUGUCCUUCCUGCACUCCCUACUAGCAUCCGACCAUCAGCUGAGAAGGCUCUUGAGGAUGGCAAGAUUCCCCGAAGCAUGCCCAACAGCUGGCUUCCUCCUACGAAACAGCGCGCCAACGGAGCCAUUCUCCUCGGUGACGCUAUGAACAUGCGACAUCCUCUUACUGGUGGUGGUAUGACUGUCGCAUUCAACGAUGUUGUCAUCCUUGCCGAGGAGUUGCACCCCAGCAAGGUGUCUGAUCUCGCUGACAACAAGGCCAUCAACAAUGCGCUUGACCAGCUUUACUGGAAGCGCAAGCCUUUGACCGGUAUCAUCAACGUCCUUGCCCAGGCUCUGUACUCCCUAUUCGCAGCCAACGACCGUCAGCUCCGUGCUCUUCAAUACGGUUGCUUCAACUACUUCAAGCGCGGCUCAACUGACGGUCCCGUCGCUCUCUUGGCUGGUAUGCUCCAGCGCCCCUUCAUCCUCGCCUACCACUUCUUCUCCGUUGCAUUCCUCGCCAUCUGGCUCAACGCCUGCACCGUCGUUGGCUGCGGUAUCUUGGGCAUCUUCAAGGCUCCUCUCGCUAUCAUUGAUGCCGUUCUCAUCCUCUGGAAGGCAUGCAUUGUCUUCCUUCCCAUCAUGUACCGAGAGACAUUCCAGUAAAUCUGGAAUUUGGGAAAAAAAAAAAAGAAGAGAAAAAGAGCAUGAUGUGUUUAAGUAGCGAGAGCUGCGGCGUUUAUGGAGCUUUGGCUUGGGACUUUUAUGUCGAAUUUUAAAACGAAUCUAAAUUUCUUUCAGAAAUGGGAGACAUUAGAGUCGAGGGACGAUUGUACAUAUGCCCCUUCUUUUCAUGGGUGGUUAUGAGACAUUUGAGCAUUUCGGAGUGUUGAGCGGGAGUGGGUUCUUGUUAGAUACACACACACAUACGCAUGCUUGAUCCCCAUACUACCUGUGGUCAGAAAUUGGGAGAUAUAAGUAGAUUAUCAUUUCAAGAUUAAUAUUAAUUGCAACUGAACGUCACUUUACUGCG